AGGACCCAGCAGCGAGCAGUGACUAACAGAGGGAGGUUUGUCUCCGGCUGGAGUCGUUCAAAGUUCUCCUCCGUGUCUCUUUUUUACCUGGUGCGCGGGACUUUUUUUCUUCGGAAUUAUAAAGCUGCUUUGGGAAUUCUCAGUCGGACAUAGAAGAAGCGCAGAUUGAAAGUCUUUACUUUUGGCUCCCUCCCUCUGGUGGUUUUCCUGAAACACCUGCCCGAUCCAGGUAACUCACCCAUGAAGAGGGAAGUCCUUGGGCACUGGGCGGCGUAAAGCUUGUGUUGCAGGUAUGUGUUCCAGCCGUUCUCUGUGCGGCGGCAACGACGGUUCCAACAGAUCCCGUCGCUCAGACAGCUCAGGUGCAGGAGCCCACUAUGCCCUCUGUGCCCUGGGAGUGGGGCUCAUCGCCCUGGGGGUCAUCAUGAUAGUGUGGACUGUGAUCCCCGCCAACAUGAACACCAAAAACACCACUGAAUCUGGAAGCAACCCUGCAGAUGCAGAACGCACUCAGUCGUCGUCCGUGGCAUUGGUGCUCGUCGGAGUUGGGCUGGCUAUGUUGCUUUUGUCUAUUUGCCUUAGUUUGAGGCGCAAGAAGAGAGCACAGGCUGCCAGUAACCAGGCGGUGGAAACGAGCGGCCCUUUGAUGAGCCACGUGCCAGGACAAACCCAAACAGAAGCUGUAGACCCAAAUGCGUACAAUGUGCCAAGUUAUGAUGAAGUUGUUGGAAGCAACAACUUCCCUGUUCGCCAGAGCAACCUUCGACAGAGCACCUCGCAGCUGCCGUCCUACGAGGACAUCUUAGCUGCUGUGGAAAAUGAGGAAAGAGCGCACGCACACCAAUCCACGGAGGGCCCCCCUCCCACUGAUUCCACGCCAGCCGCAGACAAGCCCGCCUCUGAUCAGGCUGACCACGCCACCCUCGCGGCAAACCCUAGUUUGCCCACCCGCAGCUCCAGCCGGGCUAGCCGUCUACUGCGGCCACUCCGAGUGAGGAGAAUAAAGUCGGACAAACUGCAUCUAAAGGAUUUCCGCCUCCAGAUCCGCACCCCCACACAGAACCCAGUGACAAUUGAGCCCAUCACUCCACCCCCCCAGUAUGAGAAUAAAAUGCCUGAGUUUCAGUAGGAGCCUUUCUAACCCAGAUGUCUCAUUUUAUUAAUACUCUUAAAAAAAAGGAGUUUAAGAAGUGUUAUAAAGCUUAAAAGACUGUUUUCAGAAGAGCAGGUCUGUUCUGCAUGUUGGAAGCUGUGCAGACACUUUGAAACCAGGAUUCUUUAAGUUCUAUCUGAAUGUUUUGUGCAGAAGCUUGUGUUCUGUCUAUUAAAUGUGUCUAAAUGUCUUAUUAAUGUGUAGCAUGAUUGGUUUUUAAAUGAUUUUUCAUUUUUGUAGGUGUUUUAAUGACUUUCAUCAUAUCAGAUGGUGUCCCUGCUUUUAUUUUCACAGCUAAUUGGAAUUCAUAUACUUGAUGAGUUAACCUUUUAUUUUCACAGGUUGAACAAUUUUAUAUCAUAUUUCAGCAUUCAAAGAGAUAAAUAAGGAAUUAUUUGUGGUUGUCUUGUCCCGUUUUUAACAAUUGUGUUUUUUCUUGUCUUUUUAAACCUCUUUAUUUUUCAGAAAAGGCUUCCUGUUGCUCAGAAUCUAACAGUUCAGAACUAAAGAGGUCCCCUAAACAGGUACAUCAACGCUGUGUAAUAAAAUCUAGCAGAGGUGCUGCCAAAACAUCUAUGAUUCAGAUUGAAAGUUUCAACCCUCAGUUCAGAAGUUCUGAGUUCAAAGUGGGCUCAUUACUUAUGCAAAGGAGAAAUUGAGUUUUUAAUGUUUUAGUUGGAAAUAGAAGUGAUCUAAGGGUCCAAAGCAUCCUUUUUGAUCAUCUGUGUUGGACUGCUUUAGAUGUGUGUGGUAGUGAAGUGAACAUUUUCCUUUUUUUCUUUUUUUUUGCCUUAUUUGUUUUAUGUAUUUUCAUGUUAAUAUUUGUCUUGUUAUGGUAAAUAAAUACUUUUGAAAUAAUUUUGACAAUAUUUUUGAAUCAGGUUAACCAAAAUUGAGCCUUAAUCCCAUGUUGGUUUUAUACCAUUGUGAUUGAUUAACCUCUAUUUUCUAUUCUAUUUUAAGUUUAUUUAUUACUAUAAAUUAUUAAUAUUCAUUAUUACAUAAUUAUUGCAAGAAAAAGAAAAUGUCAUAAAAAAAACAAAAAUAAUACAUUGGUUUUUCAAAUCA